GCUUUAGGAAGUGGUUUCACUUGGCCAAUUCCUAGGGUGACAGUAGAAGUGAGUCAAGUUUUUGGCGCCGUUGCCGGGGACGGCUAGGUUGUUGAAGAAAAGUGAUUUCUGUUAAUUUAGCUUUUCUUUUUGCUUUGUUUGCUUUGUCCUACUUGUGCCUUCACGGGUUUGCUUGCUUGAGUGUGUGCAGGUAGUGCAUGACGCGUAGCGAGUCAGGAGGUUUACUGCCGUUGAAUCCAGAGAUUGACCGCACCUGUCGCCAGCUCAGGAGACAACAGCGAGCUAGACUGGCUACGGAAGAGCGCAUAGACGGCCACCUGAGUAGCAAUUCUGAAGAAGAGUACGGGAUGGACGGAGACUACAAUCAGCACCAGGGGAAUCCGCAGCAGGUUCCCCCGGUGUAUCAGGUCCUGGGGAACAACCCCAUACCCCAGGAUCAUGGAGUUCAUCAUCCACCGCAGCCGGGUCCCACCUUGGAGUACUACUACACUCCUCGGAUUGCUGACAUCCGCCCGGUCAUCCUCUACCCGCCUAUUCCAGCAAAUAACUUCGAGAUCAAGCCAUGCUGGAUUCAGCUCAUCACAUCCUCUAUCCAGUUCCAUGGCUUGAAGGAUGAGGAGGCCAGGGUGCAUCUUUCCCGUUUUCUGCAGCUGACGAACGGGUUCAAGCUGAAUGGUGUCCCGGAUGAUGCCAUCCGCCUUCAUCUCUUCCCCCAUUCUCUGGCGGGGAAUGCUAAGAGGUGGUUGGAGACCCAGCCCCCAUUGUCCAUCACCUCUUGGGACGAUCUGGCCGACAAAUUCGUGCACAGGUACUAUCUGGCAUCGAAGACUACCGAGAUACAGCGGGAGAUCACUCACUUCCGCCAAGAGCCAGAUGAGUCACUUCGUGAUGCAUGGGAGCGGUACAUGGGAUAUUUCUGGCAGUGUCCCCAUCAUGGCUUUAGUGAUGCAUUCACAGGGGGGAACUUCUACAGUGCUCUCUCUCCAUACAGCCAGAGGGUGAUUGAGUCUCUAUGCCCAGGAGGGGAUGUUCUUACUAAGACUCCACCAGAACUGAACCAAAUGAUUAAUACUUUGGCUGCCAGAGAUCAUUCCUGGGGACAGAGCAGCAGAGGCAGACAGUCCCGGGACCGUGGUGUGCACGCCAUGGAGACCAGAUCCGGGCUCGAGCAGCAGGUAGCUGAGCUAGUGCAGACAUUGAAGCAGCCCAACAGUCUGAUUCCGGGCAGAGGUUUGGCUACACCUCCAGUUGCUCAAUGUCAGUGGUGUGAGAGCUCCAAUCACCUAGUGGAGGACUGCCAGGCUAUGAGGGAGUCUACCACUCCCCAAGAGCAGUUGGACUUCAUCGCCAAUGCUCGGCGCCUCGACCCGUACAGCAACACAUAUAAUGAAGGGUGGCGCCAGCAUCCCAACUUCGCCUGGAGCAGCAACACCACUAAACCACCUGGUUUCCCAGCACCAACAGGUGGUUUUCAGCAGAGGCAGCCCUUCCAGGCUCGACAGGGGCCGGUCCCACAGCAGCAGCCCUACCAGCCUAGGCAGGGGCAAUCAUUCCAGCAGCCCCAACGCCAGUUUGCCGAGCCAGCAGCAGCUCCGGCCCCAGAUGACCGGAUGACAAAGCUGGAAAAUAUUCUAGCUUCAUUCAUGACCAGCACUCAGGCUGCUAUCACGUCACUGGAGGCAGGUCAGCGGAACCAGGGUGCCAUUUUGCAAGAUCUGCAGACCCAGGUGGGCAUCUUGGCCCGCCAAAACACUACCAGGGCACCGGGGACUCUGCCUGCCACCACUAUCCCGAAUCCUCGGGAUCCUCACCAGCUCCAGCAGCUGGAUGCCAUUUUUACCAGGAGCGGUAAGACCAUAUCUGUUGAUCCUGUCCCGGCCAGACAGGAGGAACCACUACCUACUUCAGCACUUCCAGCCGACGAUGCAGAAGUGCGGGUGGAGAAGGAAGCCCCUGCUCCCAAGCCACAACCAGUGGUUAAGGAGCAUGUACCCCAGCUUUCCUUUCCCACUCGCCUACACAAAGACAAGCUGGAGACUGAGUUUGCCAAGUUUAUGGCAAUUUUGAAGCAGCUCAACAUCAGCAUACCGUUUUUGGAGGCACUGUCGAAGAUGCCCAAGUACGCGAAGUUCAUGAAAGAUCUCCUCACCAACAAGAAGAAACUUGGGGAUCUCUCGACAGUGUUGCUGAGCAAGGAGUGUUCUGCUAUCCUGCAGAACAAGCUGCCCGAAAAGCGCAAGGAUCCAGGGAGUUUUACUAUCCCUCUUACUAUUGGCAGCAUGCAUAUAGGCAAGUCCUUGGCGGACCUAGGCGCUAGCAUAAAUGUCAUGCCAUAUAAGUUGUAUAAAAAGCUAGACCUAGGUGAACUUAGCCCUACUAGGAUGAGCAUUCAGCUAGCUGAUCGUUCCAUCGUGCAUCCUAGGGGUAUCAUUGAGGAUCUGCUUGUUAAAGUAGGUGCAUUCACAUAUCCUGUUGAUUUUGUUAUUCUUGAUAUACAUGAGGAUGUGGAUGUACCUUUGAAGGAGAGUUAUCCUGCAAAUAGAUAUUAGUGAAGAAAUUAAACACAAUAAGAGCAA